AUGGCUGUAGACUGGGAGCCCUUUACCGGGUACUACGCAGGAUCAAGUGCUAUCGUUGCCAACGACAUUGAAAUGUUUUACGGCCUGCAUAUUCUCAGCCUGGUGUGCAUCACUGCCAGUUUCAUGGGAUCAUCGUUCGUCAUCAUCACGAGUGUUCGUGCACGGCGGUACAAGACGUUGAACGAUAGACUUCCCAUUUACAUCUCUACCGCGGACCUGGCAUUUGCAUCUGUACAUUUCGUCGACCACCUAACUGUUAUGGUGAACAAAAAGUACCCUUCGGCUGGAACAUGUCGUCUCUUGGGGGUAAUAUUGCUUAUAGGGUGGGGUUAUCAAAUAACAAUCAAUGGCGCAUUGGCUGCCCAAUGCUGGCUCAAAAUUGUUAGACGGUGGAAGCUUCCCCUGGGAGUGUAUGAAUGGAAGUUGCAUGCUCUGGUCAUGAGUAUAGUCAUGUCCAUAGUCGUCGUUGGCCUAGGGAUCGAUGCCUUCGGUCCGGCUUCAUACAUCAUUUGCUUUAAGAUUGAGGGUCGCCCCGGAAGGAUCAUGUGGUUGUUGACAGUGGCUUUCCUUAUCGUCACCACCGUCGCGAUCGUGUUUUCAAGUGUUUCCAUCCGUCGCCAAAUACGGGCCGUUAUCGGAGACGUUACGAAAUAUACUUUCGCAGACCUUCAAGACAACCGUACACACCAAGCUGAUGUUCGUAUGCUCAACUUUGCUAUCAUUGGAUGCGUCCAGUACAUUCCUACCUCCGCGCUAAUAUUUGCGGUGCUAUUCUGGGAUGAUGGCCGCUUGAUAAAUAAGACACUCUACUAUAUAGCCCUUACAACCGUCAACUCUGGAGGCACAAUGAAUUGCCUGGUGUAUCUCCACAACCAACGUAUGGUUCGCUUCUAUAAUGAGCAGUUUGCCGCCCGCAUGGGAUCCCGCUGCUCCAGUCAAGCGCCACCGGAGCGGACUCUGCAAAGAGUGGUCACAGCGCGUCGGUAUACAGAGAGCGAGGGAAGCGAUGAUGCAGCUCACUUGUAG